UUGGUACAUGCCAACAUUGCACAAUUUGAACUGAUCAAGUAUGGCUAAAUUAGUAUUGUUGGCUGCAGUUGGGCUGUUUUGCCUCAACGGCGUUAUUGGUCCUAGAGUCCAGUGUGACUUUAGUGAUGCUGACUGUAUAACCAGAACUUCUCAAGCAGGUUAUUCUGAUUUCGUUAAUGGUAUUCCUGGUGUGGCACCUUCUGACCCUUUGCGCCAAGAUUUCAUUGUAGGAAAUCUCCCAACAAUUAAAUACACUAUUAAAGAUGGCGUUUUGUCUGGAUUCAAGAAAUGUUUUAUUGAACUAAAAAGAUUUAUGAAAGAUAAAACAUUCGACUAUCAACUUAGAUGCCCACAACUUACUUUGGUCGGUGAAUAUGACCUAAAGGGUGACUUACUUAACAGCUAUAUUGAAGGCAAGGGUCCCUUUAAAGUAGAACUUUAUGACUACCGAUUCCUUUUACAUGGCAACUACGAGACAGAAAAACGCGAUGGCAAAUCGUAUCUACAGUUUGGAACUUAUACAGUUAAUCUGGAUGCACAAGGAAAAGUAGUAUAUGACUUAAAAAAUCUCUUCAAUGGUGAUAAGCAAAAAUCUGACGCUGCUCUCAAAAUGAUGAACGAUAACUGGAAAGCAACGGACGAAGCGAUGUGUCAACCAGCCAUGGAAGCAUUUAUGAAAGUAUUUGUGAAAAAUAUGAAUGAUUAUGGAGAUAAAGUGCCAGUUACCGACAUAUUUUCUUAUGAGCAAUGAAAAUGUAACGUAAAACCGAUGUACUGAAAAUGACAAUAAAGGAAAUAUGAGCAACUUAUUGUAGAAACGCAA